CCAGCGCCGCGCCCGGUGCCGCCGCCUCAGCGCUGCGGCUCGGCUCGCCCCGGCCCCGCGGGCCCCCCCGCCGCCACCACCAUGCUGCCCCUCGGCCUCCUGCUGCUGCUCGCCUGCUGCGGCGCCGCCCGGGGAAACCUCUCCCGCGACGAGAGCCAGCCCACGACGUCGGAUGAGACCGUGGUGGCCGGCGGGACGGUGGUGCUCAAGUGCCAGGUGGAGGACCCCGAUGACUCCUCGCUGCAGUGGUCCAACCCUGCCCAGCAGACCCUCUACUUCGGGGAGAAACGAGCCCUGCGAGAUAACAGGAUCCAGUUGGAGCGGUCCACGCCGAACGAGCUGACCAUCAGCAUCAGUGACGUGGUGCUGUCAGACGAGGGGGAAUAUACCUGCUCCAUCUUCACCAUGCCCGUGCGGACUGCCAAGGCCCUGGUCACCGUGCUGGGAGUCCCCCAGAAACCCCAGAUCUUCGGCCACGAGCAGCCCAUCGAUGAGGAGAAGAUGGCCCGGCUGACCUGCCGCUCCUCGGGCAGCAAACCCGCAGCCCAGCUCCGGUGGAAGAAGGGCAACAAGGACCUGAAGGACGAGGGCACCGAGGUUGUGGAGGAUCCCAAUGGCAAGACCUUCACCGUGAGCAGCCGCGUGGAGUUCCGCGUCACCAAGGAGGACAACGAAGCCGAGGUGACCUGCACCGUGGACCACGAGUCCCUGCAGAACGCCGAGAGGUCGACCACGCAGAAGCUGCAGGUCCACUACAAACCGACAGCAAAGAUUGAGCCGCAUCCCCAGUACCCGCGGGAGGGCGAGAAGCUCCAGCUGCAGUGUGACGGGCAGGGCAACCCCAUCCCCCAGGAGUUCCUGUGGGAGAAGGAGGGCAGCGACGCGCCCCUGCAGCUCAGCUCCGACAGCGUCCUCAUCUUCCCCUUCCUCAACAAGAGCGACAGCGGCACCUACGUCUGCACGGCCACCAGCUCCAUGGGCAGCGUUGUGGCCAAGUACAACCUGGACGUCAGCGAUCUUUCCCAGCUCCCCACCCCACACGUUCACUCCACUCCAGCCCCUCCGCCGGGCCCUUCCCAGCCCAUCUCUCAUGCUUCCAUGGCCACCGCUUCAUCCUUCACUCCAGCUCCCGUCCAAGAUGCCAGCCCGGUGCCCUCCACCUCCAGCACGUACCACGCGCUGAUCGGCGGGGUGGUCGCCGUCAUCGUCUUCCUCCUCCUCAGUCUCCUCAUCGUGUUGGGGCACUACCUGAUCAGGCACAAAGGUUUGUGCAUAAGACACGGGGAGACGGUCACAUCCAGACAUCGGCAAAACCCCGCAGAGGUGAUGUGCACCUACCUGACCCACGAGGCCAAGGGCUCGGACGACGCCCCGGACGCCGACACGGCCAUCAUCAACGCCGAGGGCGGCCAGAGCGGCGGCGACGACAAGAAGGAGUAUUUCAUCUAGGGGAGCGCGGGAGAGAGCGAGAAAUGGAGCCAACAGACCCCGAUGGAAACGGAAACCAGACCACAAACCCCACUCAACCCAACAGAUUUUCACGUGCCCGGCACGGGCAGACAGACGGACAGAGGGAUGGCAGGACAGAGAGCGGAGAGCGACCAGCCUGAGACGUGAUGCUUCUUCUUGAACUUGUACAAAACGUUACUACUACGAACAGCGAACGCCCCGGCCCCAUUUGCUUGCUUGCACCUCCAUCCCUGCGACCGGCACUCGCACCAAACACAGACCAACCAGUGAGUGAGCGACUUUCCUUCUUCCUUUGGACCUUUGCUUUGGUUUUGUGGCUGCACUUUGCUUUCGGGCCCUCGGUUGGGAUGUGGGGCCGGGGUCCAUGUAGCUCUUUUCCUUUUGUUUCUCUCCAUUUUUGGUUUCUUUGACAUCCAAGGAUAAAAUCAGCUCCGGGCUCCGGUGCGUUCCCGUUGCUUCCCCGGCCGGGACGCGGCUCUGGGGUCGAGCAGGGGGGGACCCCAGGCCCCAAAUGUGAUUUUGUCCUUGGUGGUUCUUGUCCAAGUGUCCAUUGGGAGGGAGAUCUGUCCUCGUGCGGUACGUGUGUGAGGGGGGGAUGAGCUUCCAGGGUGGGAACCGCCGAGCCCCCUGGAUACACUGGGUGCUGCGGCUCCCCGGUGCCACCGCAGCGGGAGGGGGGGGGAGGUUUGGUCUUGGGGGGGCGAAUCCAGAGAGAAACAAACAAGCCUCAACUUGACAAAUUCUCACAUUUGGAAACGUCGAUUUAAACCCAUCUAUUGAGAUGUUCAGUGCAGGAGGAGGCCGGGGGGGGGCCGUGGCCGUCGCCGCUCCCCUCCACCCUACAAAAGGGGGUUCGGACCCUGCGGGUGGCUCCGGACAGAGGUGAUGCAGCCGGUGCUGGGCUGGGGGUGCAGCCCAGAGCGGUGCAAGACCCGGGAUCGAGUCCUCUGCCCAAGACGUGCAGAGCGGGAUCUGCUGCUGGGGCUGCUCAUCCCCCUCCCCGGGGCUCCGAAAGGGCCGUUUCCCUCUCGGCUCCAAGAGCUGCAGCCAACAGUGGCCAAAGUGCCCGGCUUCAGUGUCUUAGUCGCGUGGGGUGUCCGAGGAGGCUUUGGGGGUCUCCAGGGAGGCUUUGGGGGUCUCCGAGGAGGCUUUGGGGGUCUCCAGGGAGGCUUUGGGGGUCUCCAAGGAGGCUUUGGGGGUCUCCAGGGAGGCUUUGGGGGGCUCGUCCAACCUCUUACCGCGUCACCGUCUCUUCAAGACAAAACGGAGCAGCCUUCCCAACCUCUCCAGCGUGUCCCCAGGGUCCCCACGCACACGGCCACAGGAUGGGGCUGCAGGGGGCUGCACACCCCAAUAUCCGCAGGACCCCCGUGGGGAGCCAGGGCCUGUAAUUCACCCCUGCGCUGAGGUUUUCCGGCAUCUCCCGGUGCGGACACGAGGGGUUUGCAGGGGCGCACCCCUUCCAUUUCGGGUUGUCUGGAGGAGGCGAGGAAGGAGGAGAAGCCCUCGGGGUGUGGGGAACCUCACGGGCUCGUGGGGUCCCACGCGGGGCACACGAGGGGGCUGGAGCCGAGCAGACGAGGAAGAGGAGGCACGGCCAGGUGACGGGCACGGCGGCGAGCGAGGGACACGUUUGUGGCACGGGGGCGAGCGGGUUCACGGUGCGCCGGGUCAGCGCCUCAAGGGAAGGGCACGAAACCUCCGUCCUACCGGGCAAAGGAAACCUGUGGUUUUCUCCAUGUCGUUCCUUCCCAUCUCUUUGGAGGAGGAGGAUGCUCCGAGCUCGUCUCAAGGGACGCGGCCCUCGCUGCCGGAGGUAACGCUGCGGUUGGCGAUGCUGUUACCCGCGCACCGAGCGCGUGUGGACGCGCUACCUGACGAUCUUUAACACCCGCUAUCGAACAGACGUAAUUCCUUCAAAUAAAAAACGCAAGGACGUGUUUUUCAAGCACGGUUUAACCUCAUUGUAAAUCUACGCGCUGUAGAUGGACACAAAGCAAACCCCGACUCGGGGCUCUGGGAGGGAAGGGGGGGAUUGAUCCCCAGGGACGGGGAGGUGGGAGCUGAGGUUGCACAGGGAGAUGCGACGGGCACGUUGGUGACGGUGACACCCCCGGUGCUGCCGGCGGAGGGUGUUUUGAUGGAGAAGCCGCUUUGGGGGGCACAGACAAAUAGGUUUUGGGGGUACGGCGGGUGUUGGGAGCAAUGCGGUGAACACGCCGUGGGCGCCAAGAGGAACACGCAGCCACGGAGCCGGGGCACCCAGAUGGCGUGAUGGGGACGCCCCGUUGUGCCUCGGCGCGGUGACGCAGCGCACAGGGCCGGUUGUAGGUACAAGAGGUGGCGUGAAGGGGUGAGAAGCUGCACCUUGAUGGGGUGACGUGGCCACGGUGCCACAGCCAAGAGGGGACGCCAGGCUCGCGUCCUGCGCCGCUGGCACCCAGCAAACCGGGCCCAGGGCACCCCCGGCCACCGCGGCCACCGGCGCUGGGCCUGGGGAGCCGCGACGCGGCCAGGACGGCACUUUGGGGGCCGAGGGGGAUUCGGGGCCCUGUUUAUGGCCAGGCCCGUUUCCUCCCGCUCGCCGGCCGUGGCACUGAACUCUCAAUAGACACGAAAGCCAUAUUUGUGGGGAGCUCUGGAGACGCCGUGGGGCAGCGGGGCAGGGCAGAGGACGGUCUGUGGUGUUGUGCUGUGUUCUUGUGUGUACAUACAAAGGGAGACGACGAACGUUUGAUGUGACUUUAUAACCUUUCUAAUAUCCUGUGCUAAUCUUGGAAAAUAAUCCUAUAAAUAUAUCUGGAUUACACACGUUA